AUGGGUAUAAUCACUAAUAUAAAUAAAGAAAAACAAGAAAUAAGACGUGCUUUUUGUAUCAGAGGAGGAAUUGAAGAUUUAGUAAUAAAAAAGCAUAUUUCAUCAUUUUAUAUAAACGGUGAACAUGCAAAUAGAAAACAAUUUCCUAUUAUUGUUGCAUAUGACCUUACUGUUCACAAAACGUUAGCAAACAUAUCACUUCCCAAAUGUGGGAAAAAAGGACAGGCUUAUGGUGAUGAGGAAUUGAGGAAAUAA